AACCUCGUUGUCCAGGUCAUACAUAACUCGAUGACCUGCCAACCUGGUUGAUUUGCUUCCCACCCAUAUUUCUACGGAAGUCGCUCCCCAUGGUUCUCGUGCCCACCGCCCUUCUUGAGUCCUAACCACCGACGGUCAGAGCUGUUACCCGUUUUGGAUGUUCAACUAAACAACCUAACGAGGAGCAGCUCGACUUUCCAACGGUUCUACAAUGGGUAUUAAAGGGCUACAUGGUCUUCUCAAGUCAAUUCAGAAACCAUGCCACUUGAAAAAGUUUAGCGGGCAGACGCUUGGAGUCGAUGCAUAUGGAUGGCUGCAUCGUGGGACUGUCGCCUGCGCCGUGGACUUGGUUCUGGGCCGGCCGACUACUAAACAUGUCGAUUACGUACUGAAUCGGGUUCGCAUGUUACUUUUCUUUGGAGUAACACCGUACCUUGUCUUCGAUGGCGAUAAUCUACCGAGUAAAGCCGGCACCGAGACUGAUCGGUAUCAAAGACGUCAAGAGAGCAAGGCCCUGGGCUUAGAACUUCUACGAAAGGGGAGGACGGCAGAAGCUUAUCAAGAAUUCCAGAAAGCGGUGGAUGUGACGCCUUUGAUGGCUCGCCAAUUGAUCGAUGAGCUGAAGAAAAUGAAUGUUCAGUAUGUAGUGGCUCCGUAUGAGGCGGAUGCACAGCUCGUCUAUCUCGAGCGCCAUGGCAUUAUCAACGGUAUCAUUUCGGAAGACUCUGAUUUGUUGGUGUUCGGUGCUAAAAGACUUUUGUCCAAACUCGAUCAGCAUGGUGAUUGUAUCGAGAUUAACCGAGCAGAUUUCACGGCUUGCCGCGAAGUUAGCCUUAUAGGAUGGACGGACGCUGACUUCAGACGCAUGUGUAUCCUUAGUGGCUGUGAUUACCUGCCCAAUAUUGCGAGGCUGGGGCUAAAGACAGCCUAUCGGUGUAUUCGCAAAUACAGGAACAUUGAAAAAGCGCUGCGCAUGCUUCAAUUUGAGGGCCAAUACCAUGUUCCUACAAAUUAUUUGGAAAACUUCAAACAGGCAGAGCUUACUUUCCUCUAUCAGCGGGUAUUUUGCCCGCGAGCUGGGAUGCUCGUGACUCUGACCCCACCGGCGGACAAUGUAAACCUGGAAGAAUUGCCGUUCAUUGGUAGUGAUGUGGAACCUGAGCUUGCAACGGGGGUCGCUCGUGGUGAUUUGGAUCCAAUGACAAAGGAACCACUGAUAUUGAACCCUGCACCCGUGGGUAGGCUCUUGCACGGCAUUCAUCGUCGACAGACGCUCGGUUCAUCUGCCGAAUUGAAGCCAAACAAGCCUAUUAGUGCCUUCUUUACACCUAAGCGGGCCCCCUUAGCUGAGCUGGAUCCGAAUAGUCUCUCUCCAUCCCCCAGCCAGCAAAGAUUACUGCAACGACAUGCCAAUACUUCUUGGGAUAGUACUCCUGUAACGCCUCGGUCAGAUAUAGCCCGAUCCACUACCUCGAACCGGCUAUCCAGCCCAUUAGUCAGGAGUGUGGAACGGAACUCGUUUCUGGCUCAUGCCUCUAAGACAUCCGCCUUGCAGCCCAUCAAGCGGCAACGGCUUUGUUCUGAAACGGACGAGGCCCACCAUCCGAGCCUUCCCGAUUGUCGCAGCCGUUUCUUUGCUCACCCCUCGAACGAUUCAAGCCCGAGCGGGGUGACAGGGGCUCGAAGCAAGAAAGCGCGGAAGUCAACUUUGGACGUGUUCUCUGAUGAAGUUGCUGAGGAUAUUAUGACACAGCUUGUAGAUUCCACAGAGGCUACGAAUGACUGCAAGACCGAGCCUCGUGAUGACAGCUGUCUUGGAAAAGCGCCCCCGCAAAGCACUUCACAUACUGCGACGGAAGACCCCCAAAUUGCAGAUUAUAAAACCCCUGCAGACGAGUCACUCGAAAGUGCUGCGACUACAGAGGAGGCUUCUGUUAGUGCGGAUUCCAAUCCUGAAGUGUUUCGUCAAGUACUUGACUGUCAUGUCGCCAAACAAAACUCUUCUUUGCUGUCGAAGUUUACCUUCGAAGGGGAUAUCAGCCCCAAGGUGGAUAUGCCAGAAACAAAGAGUCCGCAAAUUCAUCGUCCACUUCUUGCUAGAUCUCCUUCUAGAGCAAAAUCUGGUGUGUCCCGAAGCCCUUCAAGGCGACAACGCUUAACUCCUUUGCAACGUCUGGGCCAGACCGCAUUGGCUCGGUCACGAUCUCUGAACUUUAUUGCCCCUUCUCUUUCGGCAUCAAGUGAUUCAAAAAAGUCCCUGGGAGCAGGCAGCCCAAAGGCAAAUAUAACCCCUGUCACAUGUUCUCUCAUUCAAGGAAGUGAAGAUAUGAUUGUUCCGGACAGUGAAGAAGAAGACGGCGAACGUGAUGAAACAGGACCCACUCGGACAUCAGUUGCAUUCAACCUCCAGCGAUUCUCCUACGCAACCAACAAGUGAUUCUAGACCGUAUGCAUUAUCAACACUAUAAUACAAAGCGACAUAAAUCUUGGUGCGUUGGUGUUUUCUGGUAUUAUCUCUUUUUGUUUUUCCUUGGGGUCUACCUGGAAGAGAUACACGGGGUUGAGGUAUCGUUAAAUUAUAUAUGGUUUUGGUCGUGUAUACCCUACAUUGGACCAUAUUGGAGAUAGACCUUCAUUGCAUAAUCUUUGGUUUAUAAAUAUGCAUGGAAUCGUG